AGUUUAUUUGUUUUUAUUAUUAAACUCGAACAACUUGUACAAACAAGUAUAAAAGCAAUUAAAAUGAUUUUUCGGUACGUGUUGAGACGCGCUGAAAAUAAAUAUAAAACUAUUGUCGCUUCAACAUGCCUUCUAAGGUGCAAUCAUUUCAGUGGCGUAAGUUAUGUGCAGGGCCAGGAACCUGAACCGAAAAUACGUGAAUAUUUCUACUAUAUUGAUCACGAAGGCAUGCUUUUUUUAGAUGACGCCAAAAUGAAAAACUUCACCUCUUGCUUUAAGGAAAAGAAAUUCUUGAAAUUUUUCUUUAGUCGAGUAAAACUAAAUGACACCAAGAGAUAUCGUGAACACUUUCCGUAUCUAUCUUUAUGUGGACGUGAACGUAACUUCAUACGCUGUGAUGAUACACCAAUUGUGUUCACACAUGUGUUAUCAGACGAUAAGGGUCCUGAUCGUAUAUCAUACGCUCAUGCCGCAGAGCAGCUUACUACUGAAUUUUUACCUCGAAAGAUUUAUAUGAAUCCUAAAACAGGUCGCGUUUACCAUCCUGCAUGGUCUAAGGUUGGAGGUAUUGGUUUGAUACGUUCGAAAUUAGCUAUAGAGCUAAGUCGUAAUUUUGAGUUUGUUAACGGAGAACAAGCACCGCCUACACAUUUCACAUGGCGUGGUGAGCGGUUGGAAUUGGAAAAUACUUGGGUAGGAAAUACUCAACGCCUUGGUAUAUUUGAAGAAGAAGAGUGCAAUUAAUACUGUGAUAAAGUUAAGGAAAUAUAUUUUAAAUGUUUUUUUUGUUAAUAACUAAAAAUUAUAUUAUUGCU